GCGCUGCCCCCUAGCGCCGGGGUGCGGCAUGCCGGGCGAGGAGGACGACGAGCCCGAGGCGGGGGGCGCGGGGGCCGCCGCCGCCGCCCCCUCCCCGCCGGCGGAGGAGGGGGACACUCGGCAGCGCUACGAGGAGCUCUGCAGCAGCCUCAACAUGGACGAACGCGCCCGCUCCGAGGCCUGGCUCAGCUACCAGAGCAUGAAGCGCAACUACACCCUGGAGGGCAAUGAUCUGCACUGGCUAGCGUGUGCCUUGUACGUGGCUUGCAGAAAGGCAAUUCCAACUGUGAGCAGAGGGACAGCUGAGGGAAAUUAUGUAUCUCUCACCAGGAUUUUGCGCUGUUCAGAACAAAGCUUGAUCGAGUUUUUUAACAAGAUGAAAAAGUGGGAAGACAUGGCAAAUCUGCCCUCCCAGUUCAGAGAACGAACUGAGAGAUUAGAGAGAAACUUCACUGUUUCUGCAGUAAUUUUUAAGAAGUAUGAACCCAUUUUUCAAGACAUUUUCAGAUAUCCUCAAGAAGAUCAACCUCGACAACAGAGAGGAAGAAAACAGAGGCGACAACCAUGUACUGUGACUGAAGUUUUCCAGUUUUGUUGGGUGCUGUUUGUUCACGCAAAAGGUAAUUUUCCUAUGAUCAGUGAUGACUUGGUCAAUUCCUACCAUCUCUUGCUAUGUGCUUUGGAUCUAGUGUAUGGAAAUGCUCUCCAGUGUCCCAACCGAAAAGAUCUUCUGAAUCCUAAUUUUAAAGGUCUGCCUGAAGACUUUCACAGUAAGGAUUAUAAAGUGUCAUCUGAUCCUCCCUGCAUCAUUGAAAAACUGUGCUCGUUACAUUAUGGAUUAGUUCUGGAAGCAAAAGGCAUAAAGGAACAUUUUUGGAAGCCAUAUAUUAGGAAACUUUUUGACAAAAAGCUUUUAAAAGGAAAAGAUGAAACUUUGACUGGAUUUCUUGACCCUGGCAACUUUGGAGAUAGCCUCAAAGCCAUCAACAAGGCCUACGAGGAGUACGUGCUGUCAGUAGGAAACCUCGAUGAGCGGAUAUUUCUUGGGGAGGAUGCAGAUGAAGAAAUUGGAACUCUCACUAGGUGCUUAAAUACAACAUCAGGAACGGAAACAGCUGAAAGGGUACAAGUGAAGCAUAAUUUGCAGCAGCACUUUGACAGGUCUAAAUCUCUUAGGAUUACAACCCCACUUACUGGCCGCAAGUACAUUAAAGAGAGCAGCAACCCAUAUGUGACCCCUGUUUCCAUAGCAACGUACAGCUUGAGCCGCCUUCACACGAUGCUGGCAGGACUGAAAAAUGCCCCCAGUGAAAAUCUGGAGCAAAUCCUCAGAUCAUGUUCCAGAGAUCCUUCUCAAUCUAUUGCAACCAGAGUGAAAGAGAUGUAUGAAGUAUACUGCCAGAGUAUGCAGUCUGAAGGAGAAUUCAGUAAUUUUUCCAAAGAUGUUGCCAGUAAGCAUUUUCGGCUUGCUGAGGUGCUGUACUACAAGGUCUUGGAGUCGGUCAUUGAGCAAGAGAAGAGGAGACUGGGAGAUGCUGACUUAUCUGCAAUACUGGAGCAAGAUGUGUUUCACAGAUCUCUGCUGGCAUGUUGCCUCGAGAUAAUUAGCUUCACAUACAAGCCCCCUGGAAACUUCCUUUUCAUCACAGAAAUAUUUGACAUUCCAGUUUAUCAUUUUUAUAAGGUAAUUGAGGUUUUCAUUAGAGCAGAGGAUGGCCUUUGCCGGGAAGUGGUGAAACACCUCAAUCAUAUUGAAGAACAGAUCUUGGAAAGUAUGGCAUGGAAACAGGAAUCCAUUUUGUGGGACAGAAUCAGAGAGAAUGAAAACAAAGUUCCCAGUUGUGAAGAGGUAAUGCCACCUCAGUAUUUUGAGAGAUCUGCUGGGAACAGUGUUGUAGGUUCACCACUGACACCGCGACGAAUAAAUGAAGUUCGUGCAGAAACUGGAGGGCUAGGAAAAGGCCUUUCCUCCUCUCCAACGACCCUGUAUGACAGAUACAGUUCUCCCACAGCCAAUCCGACACGGAGGAGGCUGUUUGCGGAUAACGAUAACCCAUCUGACAGUGGGACCCCAGGAAGAGUUUCCCAACAGCCCGUGGUAAAUCCAGUGCCUGUGCAGAACAUGAACCCUGAAGCCAUGUCAGUAACCCCAGUGCCCGGCCAGACGCUGGUUACGGUGGCAACUGCCACUGUCACAGCCAACAAUGGGCAAACAGUGACAAUCCCUGUACAAGGCAUUGCCAAUGAAAAUGGAGGCAUAACUUUCUUCCCAGUCCAAGUAAAUGUAGGUACCCAGCCUCAGGCUGUCUCUGGUCCCAUUCAGCCCCUCAGUGCCCAGACUCUCGCCGGUGCCCUGAACACUCAGAUGACCGGCGCAACACUGCAGUUACCAGGCCAGUUAACUGUUCAGCAGAUCUCUCCUGGAGAGCAAAGACAAGCCCAGCCAUUGGCCACUGCUACAGCCAUCAGGCCUCAGAAGAUGGGCUCACUGUCUCUCUUCUUUAGAAAGGUGUACCACUUGGCCAGUGUCCGCCUGAGAGACCUCUGUGUCAAGCUCGACAUCUCCGAUGAGCUGCGGAAGAAGAUCUGGACGUGCUUCGAGUAUUCCUUGGUGCACUGCCCUGAAAUCAUGAGGGACAGACAUCUGGAUCAGCUGCUGAUGUGUGCUGUCUACGUAAUGGCUAAGGUUACGAAGGAAGACAGAUCCUUCCAGAACAUUAUGCGCUGCUAUCGGACACAGCCACAAGCCAAGAGUCACGUGUAUCGGAGUGUCCUGAUAAAAGGCAGGAGCCGCCGCCGCUCCGGCAGCAGCGACAGCAGCAGCCAGCAGAACUCACCCCUGGACAGAAGUAAGGAGAGGAACAAAGAAAAGACGGGCGCCAGCAGGGACUCCAGCCCGGUGAUGCGCUCCAGCAGCACCCUGCCCGUCCCGCACCCCGGCAGCGCCCCCCCCACGCCCCCCCGCAUCCCCUGCAGCAGCGACUGCGAGGAGGAGCAGCGAGGGGACCUCAUACAGUUCUACAACAACAUCUACAUCGAGCAGAUUAAGGAGUUUGCCCUGAAGUAUACUUCAAAUGCCGCCGACUCUCCUCCGCUCUCGCCCUACCCCUUCGUGCGCCUUGGCUCCCCUCGCAGAGUUCAGCUCUCCCAGAACCACCCUGUGUACAUCUCACCACACAAAAACGAGUCUACCCUCUCUCCUCGAGAGAAAAUAUUCUAUUACUUCAGCAGCAGCCCAUCUAAGAGGCUAAAGGAAAUUAACAGCAUGGUUAGAACCGGAGAGACACCAACAAAGAAGAGGGGCAUUCUGCUAGAGGAUGGCACGGAGGCACCAGCUAAGCGCAUCUGCCAGGAGAACCACACAGCUCUCUUGCGGCGGCUACAGGAUGUGGCAAAUGACAGAGGGUCUCACUGACGUGCUCCAGCACGGGCAGCCCAUGGCUGUGGCUCCCCCAGCUUGGCCCCUCGGCCUGGGGAAGGGCCGAGCUCCAGGCUGCACCCCCACUGCACACCCAGGUUAAGCUACUGAGGGCAAGUGAUCCCCUGCUGGUUUCAGAGAGCAGACAAAGGCGUUUGUGUGCUUGGAGGAGGUGGCUGUGACUCAGCUCUACCUUGCAGCUUAGAUGAGCUCUGAGCAGAGCCUUGGGACUGGGACUCACCUGCACCUCAGGGGGCCCAGCCCCGGGACACCACCCUCAGCAGCCUCUUGUUCUUCACAGUGACCAUCUGCACAAAAAUAAUGACUCAUAAUAUUCUAGCAAAGUCAGUUCUGCUUGGAAAGGGAGGACAGGAAUAACCUUUCUAAGCCCUGAAGGAAGGUGUCUGACCAGGUUCUUUCCACACUGAGGAUGUUCCGUGUGCCCCCACACACAGCACAUUGUUUCCCUUGUGUGGGCCCCAGCUGUACAGAGGUAGGUCAGUUUGUUUAUGCCUUGGUUUUAGCUGUGCAAUGUUUCAAGUGAACUCAUGUUCAAAAGGUGGCACUUUGGGUAGGGCCGUGAAGCGCCAUUUUUAAGGCAGAUUAGUUUUGCUGUACAUUUGCAAUGGCACUUUCUAAAUGUGAAUAUUUUUUGUCAGAGGCUGACUUUUGAUGUCUUUCUGGAUUGAAGCAAUUUGACUUCUGUAUUUAUUUUCAAAGUGACAUCCCCUCUCUCCCCCUCUUCAGCAGCCAGCAUUAGGAAUUGACUGUAGCUCAGGGCCACACAGCCAGGCCCGCAGCACGCCAGGGGCUCUGCUUCUUUCAAGGGAUGUUCUCUGCUUGUCCAGCUGGCGUGGCCAGAGGGACAGCAGUGUCACCUCUGCACACACAGCUGCACUGCUGGCUUCAGCUUCAAAAGAGUGGGGCUUGGGUUUUAAUAGGCUAAAUCAGGCUGCCUGGGAGAAGUCUGUCCCCUACUCACAGGAUAAGAAAAUGGUGCAUCUAUUAGAAUGGGAGAUUUUUUUCACUUAAAAUAGUUCCAAACUACCAGGGGUGUUAGGAAUGCAUUAACUACCCUCAGGACUGCUCCUCAGUGAGAGCUGGGGACAGGGGCAGUGCAAAACAUGGCACGCUUGGACUCGAGAGGUUUUUAUAGGGAAGCAAAAGUUCAAAGCUCUCUGUAUUGAGUCAUUCCUGCUCCUCUGAAUGACGGGAAAAUAUAGGACUUAAUUCCACUGUAAAUUCAAUUGAAGUAAAAGCAUUGUUCAUUCUUACCUGCACAACACACGGCUGAGGCUGAGAAGUGGUGUAGAUGUUCCUGUAAAAAUAUUUAUGAAAUUGUCAGACAAUUCUUGUUACUCUGUACCAUUUACAUUACUUUGUAUGAAAAUAUUGCAAGUGUAUUUUUCAAUAAAGAAUUUAUAAACUCA